CCAUGGCCAUUUUUCAACCAUCGCUGAGAAAACUACUGAUUCCGUUGUUACUAUUUUCGUUCUCAGACUAUGUUUCUCUUCAAAAUUUAUCCUCUUCUUCUUUUCACGUCCUUCUUGGCAACGCGAGCUCUCGCAGCUCCCGUUUACAAUGGCCAUUACUGCAACGACACGACCACGUACCCACCCAACUCCACAUUUCAGCGUAAUAUUAAUGUACUCCUCUCUUCUCUCACCUCCAACGCCUCCCUAGAUUCCUCUGGUUCCUACAAUACCGUCAUGGGCUUCGGCACGCCCUACGCCGUCAACGGCUUCUUCCUUUGCCGCGGCGAUAUCACCAUGCCCACCUGUCACGAUUGCGUCAACGCCGCCGCCAAAGACGUUAUUUCCCGAUGCCCUAACCAAACUGAGGCCGUAAUCUGGUACGACGUCUGCACGCUGCGUUUCACCAACAUGUUCUUCCGGUUUGAGAGCGUCUUUCCCGGAAUGAAUUUGACGGAUAAGGAGAGCGUAUCUACCACCGAUAUUAACCGAUUCAACCAGUCGUUGUUCAGAUUGUUGGAUGAUUUGGACACGCGAGCUGCGAAUUCGGAGACGGAUAAGAAGUUCGCAACAGGGGAAGUGAGAGUUACGAGCUCGAUGACUGUGUAUGGGCUUGCGCAAUGCUCGAAGGAAAUGACAUCCGAACAAUGUGAAACCUGUUUGCAGAACGCCAUUGGAGUUCUUCCGGCAUGCUGUGAGGGAAAGCAAGGCGCGAGAGUUCUGCUUUCGCCCUGUAAUGUCAGAUACGAGUUGUUCCAGUUUUACAAUUCAACCACUUCGUCACCUGGAAAGAAGAAAUAUGGAUCAAGAACAAUUGCAAUGAUUGUUAUCCUUGUUGUUGUUUUUGUAAUCCUCUUAUGUUUAGGCUGCUAUUUCCUGCUGAGAAGAUCAAGGAAGAGUCAUAGGACUAUUCUCAGAGAACACUUUGGAAAUGAAAGCGAGUCUUUGGAGUCAUUGCAAUUUAGUUUGGCUACAGUUGAAGCAGCAACAAACAAGUUUUCACAGCAGAAUAAGAUAGGCAAGGGUGGAUUUGGAGAAGUUUACAAGGGUCGUCUUCAAGACGGACGAGAAAUAGCAGUUAAAAAACUUUCUACAAGCUCAGGACAAGGUUCGAUAGAAUUCACAAAUGAGAUUUUACUCAUAGCCAAGCUUCAACACAGGAAUCUAGUGGCUUUGUUAGGAUUUUGCUGGGAAGCAGAAGAGAAGAUGCUUAUCUAUGAAUAUGUGCCCAACAGAAGCCUUGAUUACUUUUUAUUUGAUUCUCAAAGGAGAAAACUACUGAACUGGGUUCAGCGUUAUAGAAUCUUGGAAGGAAUUGCGCGAGGAAUUCUUUAUUUACAUGAGUACUCAAGACUUAAAGUUAUACACCGUGACCUUAAACCUAAUAAUGUGUUAUUGGAUGAUAGUAUGAAUCCAAAGAUUUCAGACUUUGGUUUGGCAAGAAUAAUUGCUAUAGAUGAUGAUCAAGGGAAAACAAGAAGAAUAGUUGGAACAUAUGGUUACAUGUCUCCAGAAUAUGCAAUGCAUGGACAAUUUUCUGAAAAGUCUGAUGUAUUCAGUUAUGGGGUCAUAACAUUGGAGGUGAUCAGUGCAAAAAGAAAUGCCCGAUCACUAGACUCACGUAGUGUUGAUGACCUUAUUAGUCAUGCUUGGAGACAAUGGAGGGAUCAAACACCGUUAGAAAUACUGGACCCAGAUCUAAAAGAAGCUUGCCCGCAGAGCGAAGUCAUGAAGUGUAUUCAGAUUGGUUUGUUAUGCGUACAAGAAAAACCAAAUGAUCGACCCACAAUGGCAAACGUUGUUUCAUAUUUUAAUAGUCCUUCAGCCGAAUUACCUCUACCUCGACAGCCAGCAUUUUUGAUGAACAAUGUAAUGGCAGGGGAAUCCAGUUCAGGUUCUAGAUCUUUAUACUCGGUAAAUGAUUUGUCUAUCAGUAAUUCUUUCCCUCGGUGACACUAGGUCGAUUUUUAU